UCGGAUUAGACAACAUAGUAAUUUCCCAAUCAUCAAAUAAAAAACGAAUGAAAAUUGGAUGCUUUCUUAAGUAAUAUAUCUCGUUAUAAACUAGAGUACACUCAAUGUCGCUGAAAUAUCGGAAGUUUGUCUUUUGACGAAUUGAGCUCGUAUCCAUGUUCCAAAGCAAUCAAUGACUAUUUGUGACAAUUUAUUGCAUCUGUGUGGAAGAAUCAUUAAUGUUACUUAAAAGUUAGAAUAGAAAACUGCUCCUAGAAAUUGCUUUGACCUUAAAUUAUAUCAUGAUUCUGGCAGACACAAUUAUUUGAUAACUUAUAUGAGUCAUUGAUUUCCAUGGAGUUUACACAGUUGGUGUCUAUAUGUAUACUGACGCUCGUAACAGUAAGCUCCCCUAGAAGAAUUCGGAAUCGCAAAGGAUUGAGAGAUAAAUUUACAGACAGUAAUCAAGGGACAUGCGAGCUGGAAAUUUCAUGCAAAGGAAAUGUGCACUCCCCUGUCCGUCUACCAAUCAAAGGCCCUCGAGGUCCACCCGGAGUUCCCGGUGAAAAAGGAUCCAAUGGUUUGCCUGGUAACCCGGGGGUACCUGGAAAGCCAGGUAAGUCUGCAUCUCGUUCACAAAAAGUAUCUUUCUUCGUCGGACUGAGCAAAAACCAUGGUCCUAAAAAGACCAGUGAAGAACUUAAAUAUGACAGAGUUAUAACAAAUGAUGGACUUGCGUACGAUAUUAUGACUGGACGUUUUACAGCGCCAGUGAAUGGGACUUACCAUUUCACGGUUGUCGUUGCAGCACAAGGAAGGCAUAAGGCUGCUGUAAUGCUGAUGGCCGAAGGUCAUAUGAUCAUUACAGUUUGGGCGGACAGUCGACCGAUAUGGGCAACAGCAUCAAACACCGCAAUACUCCAUCUCUACCAAGGGCAGCAAGUUUGGCAAGUCCUACAAAAGGCGUCAGCUCUCAGUGGUUAUAUGUAUUCGAGUUUCUCUGGUUUUAUCUUGUAUCAAGACGACAAUGAUUAAACUUCUAAAUUUAUUGAUCGAUGAAGAUAUAGUUUUCAAUCCAAAUGACCUAAAUUUUAGUUUAAAUUUGGUAUUUAAAAACAUCGUUAUAGCAAUUGUACUGAAAAAUCCUAAAUAUGCAAAGAAGGGAUAAUGUAGAAUUUUUUAAAUGAUUUUUGCAAAUUAUAGUCAAGACAAGUUUGUGUAAGUUCUGCACUGUGUCUACAUAAAUAUGUUGUGGUUCAUGUUGACUUGUUUUUAUAAAGUCUUUUGCCUCAUAAAGGUAUUGAACCAAAGGAAUG